CUCCCCUCCCCCUCUGCUCCGCAGCCGCAUCGAAACACUUAGACAAACACACGGCUGGAGAGACAAGAAACUAACGUGAAACACAGGAGAGACAAAGAUGAGAGACACGAAACCGCAGCCGAUACUGUCUCUAGCAUGAACCAUGACAGACUGGAUGGAGCGAGAGAUAGACAGCUAGAGGAGAGGGGUGGGGUGAACGCAGACAGACAGAGAGAGAGAGAGAGACAGGAGGGAUAUGGCCCUCUUACACAUGUCUGCAGUCAAGCUGCACACCCUGGACUGAAGACCAUGCUGGAUAAAAGCGAAGUGUCCACUCUCAGUCUACCGCCCUCCGUGAGCCAUGGGGGGUCAGACGGGAACAUCAGCAUGGAGGCGGGGUCAGACGGGGCAGGCGGCGAGGUCCAGAGAACACGAGUGGCGCUGGAACACCUGCAGCAGAAGAUCCUGAAGAUCACCGAACAGAUCCGCGUGGAACAGGAAGCUCGUGAUGAUAAUGUGGCUGAGUACCUUAAACUGGCCAAUAAUGCGGACAAACAGCAGGCGUCGCGCAUCAAACACGUGUUUGAGAAGAAGAACCAGAAGUCUGCACAGACUAUUGCACACUUGUACAAGAAGCUUGAGCACUACCACAAGAAGCUCAAAGAGAUCGAGCAGAAUGGUCCUGCGCGGCAACCCAAAGAUGUCUUCAGGGACAUGCAGCAGGGGCUGAAGGACGUACGUGCCAAUAUGCGAGCGGGAAUCAGUGGUUUCGGAGGGGGCGUGGUGGAAGGAGUCAAGGGCGGAGUCUCAGCUCUCACGCACACCGCCGUCGUCUCGAAACCCCGAGAGUUCGCUAGUCUCAUCCGCAACAAGUUUGGCAGCGCCGACAACAUCGCCCACAUGAAGGACACUCUGGAGGAUGUGCACACGGAGGAGACGCCCAGAGCUCUGAGUGGCAGCGCCACGCUGGUCUCCAGCCCCAAAUACGGCAGCGACGACGAGUGCUCCAGCGCAACUUCUGGGUCGCCGGUUGGAAGCAACUCCGGUGGGGCGGGAGCGACAAUAGGCAGCCCGCGACUGGACGGACAUCACCACCACCAUCAUCACCACCAAUCCUCGUCCUCCUCUUGGGAUGCCCUGCUGGAAGGCCUCCAGGAGAUCAAAGUCAGUCAGGUGCACAUGGAGGAUGCCAUCGAGGACAUGAAAGCUCAGCUGCAAAGCGACUACAGCUACAUGACCCAGUGCUUGCAGGAGGAGCGAUACAGAUAUGAGCGUCUGGAAGAGCAACUCAAUGACUUGACGGAGCUUCAUCAGAACGAGAUGAGCAAUCUGAAGCAGGAGCUGGCCAGCAUGGAGGAGAAGGUGGCGUACCAGUCGUACGAGAGUGCGCGAGACAUCCAGGAAGCAGUGGAGUCCUGCCUCACCCGCAUUACCAAACUGGAGCUGCAGCAGCAACAGCAGCAGGUGGUGCAGCUGGAGGGAGUGGAGAACGCUAAUGCCCGAGCCCUGCUGGGAAAACUCAUCAACGUCAUCCUGGCCCUGAUGGCAGUACUGCUGGUGUUUGUCUCCACCAUAGCCAACUUUAUCACGCCCCUGAUGAAGACACGCAGCCGGGUCGGCGCCACCCUCGCCCUCGCGCUCUUCCUGGUCACACUGUGGAAACACUGGGAUUGGCUGGAGCUCUGCCUACUGCCCAGCUGAAGAAAAUGAACAAAAUACAUGUUCAGAACUGUGACACAUUCUCCCAUUAUACCAGAAGUGGGAGAGAUCUUGGCCCUGUCCCAAAUCACAUCGUAAACCGUCACGGCUCCCUUUGAGUCCACACUUUUGUGAUGUAAUGCUACUUUGACUGUUUGGUAGAAGUCUGCUGCGGAGCUCGUCCCAGUGCGAACUCAGCAAAAGUGUGCAUUGAAGGGAACAUAGGGGGAGUUGCACCCUUCUGAAAGCUAAAACGAUGAAUGGGACAUACUACUGUCUCGUGGACUUAAUGGACACACAUGCAUGUGGCGGCGAUUGUAAGUCCCCAACACCAUAAGUGCAAAUGAAAUGUGCCAUUUGGGACAGGGCCCUUAAAGGAUGUAUAAGAAAGAUCCAUGGAGAUGCAGCCUGAAGAUGGUGCUGUCUCAAUCCCGAGCCUGGUCUACAUGGCUCUGCAUUUCCUGUCUUUUCCUUUUGAAUGGGUUUCUUUCCUUUUUUUAGACCACUGGGGUACUUUUUACUUUAACUAAUGAAUGUUAAAACUUUUGCAGACACAAGAAAUUAGUCCAGAAAAUGGUCUUCUGCUGAUGCAUGACUUACAUACCAACACAUGGUCACAUUUCAGAUCCAAACAUCUUUCAUGCUGAUACCAAAACUGUCUCAAAUGCUUUCCGUUUUGUUUGUUUUGUCUCUGUGGAACUCUGUUGUAUAUGAAAUAUCUCACUAAAGAAGAGAAUGAAACAAGGUCAUUGGCAUUUUACUUUGUGUAUUGUUAAGUGAUAUUUGACAUUGAGUGGAAAGACAGAGACGGCACGUCACUAGUCAAGAAUCAAUACUACAUCUGUCAUCAGAACAUUUUUGUAAACACAGUUGUAGUGUAACUCUCACUGUUAGCAUGAUCAUAUUUCCCAUGUUUCUACACGUUUGCUAAAUCUCAACACCACUGUCUUCUUAAUAAAUACAUUUGCAAAUAUA